AUGGACAAGAAGCAAGGGAAGUACGUAGUGAACGUUGAACACUCUGAAAACCAGCCCCCCAUUACACGCCCAAAUGACCAGGAGGCUCACAGCUCCACAUCCUGGUGUCCACCUUCAAAGGACACAACGUGUGAGGUCUCCUCCAACUUAACUGGGGUCUGGGUGAGCCCAGGAGUCUUUGAACACUCAAGAUGUGCACAACCAGAAUCAUCCGAUACACAGUUCAAAGGAAAUUGCUGCAAUGAGUGGUCUCUGUGGAAAGUCUUCCUGGCUUGUCUCUUAGCCUGUGUGAUUACGACAGUGAUUGGAGUACUCAUAAUAUGCCUGGUGAAUAAUAAAGGAGAUGACUAUUCCUACAUUGUUAUCCAGCUACCCCCAAACAACCCUGGGACAAUCUGUGCAACUUCUCAAACUGCAAUGACCACUUCAACGGAGCCUGCAACUCCAACCACUUCAACAGAGCCUGCAACUCCAACCACUUCAACGGAGCCUCCAACUCCAACCACUUCAACCAGCACUUCGACUAAAUCUACAACCACCACCACCACAACUCAAACUAUAACCACAAGAGCCAUCCGUAAAAAAUAA